GGCUCCUAUCCAUCACAUUGGACCGCCCACCACAAACCCUCCUUCUCUCGUCUAAUUGGGUAGAUGCAGUUCGAUCAAGACACCACGUGACAUUUAAAAGUAGGAAAAGCCUUAACAGUGGAACUAAACAGUUUCCUAGGGUUUGACGUCAUCAAAAUCACUGAUCGCUGAAGGCGUCAUCACUCGUUGUCUUCCCUGUCACAGACCAGCGGAGAAUGCAGCCCCCCGGCCCCACAGCUCAAGCCAGCCCCCCGGGAGACUUCACCUUCGUCUCUUCCUCUGGGGCUGAAGAUCUGAGCGGCUCUAUAGCGCCCCCCGAUGUCAAGUUAAAUCUUGGGGGCGACUUCACCAAGGAAUCGACAGCGACCACCUUCCUGCGGCAGAGAGGCUACGGGUGGCUCCUGGAGGUUGAAGAGAACGACCCCGAGGACAACAAGCCCCUAUUGGAGGAACUGGACAUCGACCUUAAAGACAUUUACUAUAAAAUCCGCUGCGUUCUGAUGCCCAUGCCGUCCCUCGGGUUCAACAGACAGGUGGUACGAGACAACCCUGAUUUCUGGGGACCCCUAGCGGUCGUUCUCUUCUUCUCCAUGAUUUCCUUGUACGGGCAGUUCAGAGUGGUGUCCUGGAUCAUCACUAUUUGGAUUUUCGGAUCACUCACCAUUUUCCUGCUGGCGAGGGUGUUGUCUGGAGAGGUCUCGUAUGGGCAGGUGCUGGGAGUUAUAGGCUACUCCCUGCUACCUUUGAUUGUCGUUGCGCCUGCACUGCUGCUGCUUCGCCCCUUUGAAAUUGUCUCCACUGUAAUUAAGCUCUUCGGAGUGUUCUGGGCUGCGUAUAGCGCCGCUUCUUUAUUGGUGGGGGAGGAGUUUAAGAGCAAGAAGCCGCUGCUGAUUUACCCCAUCUUCCUGUUGUACAUCUACUUCCUGUCUCUCUACACCGGCGUGUGAUUGGCUGAGCUGCUGAAAUCCUUUGUAUAUGUCACAUGACUCCUGGAUAAAACUCACUUGUGGGUGACACAGACGUGUAAAUAAUGUUUAACCCCCAAUUGAUGUCUCGGGGGGCCCUACUGCAUAUUGUGCUCCUGGGAUUUUAAAGGGAUCUACAGCUUGAAAGUUUUUAUAUGAAAAGAAAUGGAAAAAGUCACUUUGUCUUGUGUUCAGCAGCUGAUCAGUAUAAUGUUAGGGUUGAGCCUUAUAGAGAAGUGCUGCGUAUAAAUGCAGCCAGUGCAGGAGGGCCGCUAAUUCAUGUAAAUAAUAAAUGUAUAAUUCUAUUCCUGUCUUGCUGCUUCCUCCUGCAUUUUCACUCUCGCCUUAGUGACCAUUGUCUCUGCCUCCUAUUGUUUUAUAAUGGCAAGAAUAUCUCACACCAAGGACAGACUUAUUGCAGGGGCGCCUGAUUGUGAGCCGUGGCCCCACGUGUGCCCAGCAUUUCAUCCCAUGCACUAAGCACAAGUCACUACAGUGGAAUAAAUAUUAGAAAGCAGAAUAUAAGUGUAAGUGAUAUGGCAGCACCCGUGUGUCUGAGACUAGUGACGUGUGCUGCUGUGAUACAAUGUGUGUAUAUCACUAACGAGCAUCUCUGGAAUAAAAGUGCAAUUCACGGGGUUAAGGAACGAGAUUACUUUAUUUAAUAUUAAACCUUUCCUGUAGAAAUGGUACAUCCCCUAUUUAUGUCACUCUCUCUCUCUCUGUAGUCAGAACCCACUGUUUCCGGUCUCAGGAUUUGGGGGUUUGAUCUUUAUCUGUUCUUUCUGAUCUAAUGGAAAUAAUAAUAAUAAACUACAGGAAACCAG